ACUACAGCUCUUGGUUGGCCUAUCCUCACCACUACAUGCGUGAGAUGUAGUAUCGGUGAUCACAGCGGCGGCAUUAGCUAGCGUAUUUCUCAACACAUCGGCACCACACAGGCAAGGAGGCGAGGACUAUCUGCAUCAUGACGCGGGAUAGCAGACGCAGGCGGUCCCGGUCCCGCUCCAGGAGCCCAGACCGGCGACGCUCCAGAGACAGAGAUCGUGAUCGUGGCAGGUCACGACGGUCUCGAUCCAGAGACCGUGAUCGUGACCGUCACAGAUCACGCAGUAGAGACCGAAGGAGAUCAAGAUCUCGUGACAGGCGGUCUAGGUCAAGGUCACGGGACAGAGAUCGAGACAGGGACAGGAAGAGGAGCAGGAGCAGGUCCAGGGACAGGGACAGAGACAGAAAGAGGAGCAGAAGCAGAUCCAGGGACAGGGACAGGAAGAGGAAUAAGAGGAGCCGCACUCAUUCGCCUCCCAAGAUCAAACUCCUUGUUGACCCUCCAAAGCCCCAAGAACCAGUGCCUGUAGAGCCCAAGGAAGAAGAGGAAGUGCCCUUGGAUUUUGAUCCAUCAAAAGUAGAUAAGGAAGAGACAGAGAAACGUCUUGAAGCUGAAAUGCAGAAGAGACGGGAGCGCAUUGAGAAGUGGAGAGCAGAAAAGAAGAAAAGAGAGCUAGAGGCUGCCAAAAAGGAGGCUGAGAAGGGAACCUUGGGUGCUACUGUUCCGAAAGUGUCCCUGAAAGCAUGGAGCCUUGAGGAUGAUGAAGAGGAAGAGGAGGGUGAAAAUAAAGAAGGAAAUGGAAAUGUUGAGGAGGAAGAUGAAGUUGAUCCACUUGAUGCAUUCAUGUCUGGUAUCCAAGAAGAGGUUCGCAAGAUCAAUCGUGUGGACAUACGGGGAGGAGUCAAGAAAGGCACAAAAAUCACUGCUGGACCAGCAGAGCCUGGGGCUGUGAAGAAACCUGUCAUCAUCAUGGGUGUGGCAAAGAAGGCAAAUGCCAAAAAGAAAGGAGAAUUGAUGGAGCAGAACCAGGAUGCUCUUGAGUAUUCAUCUGAGGAGGAGGGAGAGGACCUGAAGGACACCAUGGCUAGCAUUAAUUCCAAGGGCAAGAAGGAGCUUGGUAAAGUGGAUCACACAGUCAUUGAGUAUGUACCAUUCAGGAAGGAUUUCUAUGUGGAGGUGCCUGAGAUUGCCAACAUGACUAAGGAGGAAGUGGAUAACUAUAGAGCUGAGCUGGAGGGAAUUAGGGUUAAAGGUCAAGGAUGCCCUAAACCCAUCAAGACUUGGGCUCAGUGUGGAGUCAGCAAAAGAAUAUUGGAUGUUCUCAAAAAGAACAAUUAUGAGAAGCCAACACCCAUCCAAGUGCAGGCUAUUCCUGCCAUCAUGAAGGGCAGAGAUGUUAUAGGCAUCGCUAAGACAGGUUCUGGAAAGACCUUAGCUUUCUUGCUGCCAAUGUUCCGGCACGUUGUAGACCAGCCACCCCUGGAAGACACGGAUGGACCCAUUGCUGUUAUCAUGACUCCUACAAGGGAACUGUGCAUGCAGAUUGGUAAAGAAUGCAAGAAGUUUGCAAAGAACAACUUGAGGGUGUGCUGUGUGUAUGGUGGUACAGGAAUAUCUGAACAAAUAGCUGAGCUAAAGCGAGGUGCUGAGAUCAUUGUGUGCACCCCAGGACGAAUGAUAGACAUGUUGGCAGCCAAUGGAGGAAGGGUAACCAACCUACGGAGAGUUACCUAUGUUGUGCUGGAUGAGGCCGACCGCAUGUUUGACUUGGGCUUUGAACCUCAGGUUAUGAGGAUAAUUGACAAUAUCCAGCCAUCUCGCCAAACUGUAAUGUUCUCAGCAACAUUCCCAAGGCAGGUAGAAGCUCUGGCGAAGAAAAUUUUGACGAAACCGAUUGAGAUAACGGUUGGUGGGCGGUCAGUGGUGUGCAAGGAUGUGACACAGGAGGUGGUAAUUCUUGACGAAGACCAGAAGUUCCUGAAGCUGUUGGAGGUCCUUGGCCAAUUUUAUGAGAGAGGACAGACUCUUGUAUUUGUUGACAAGCAAGAGAAUGCGGAUUCUCUGUUUAGGGAUCUGUUAAGCCACUCUUACCGGGCGCUGGUUCUUCAUGGGGGUGUGGACCAGAUAGACCGUGACAGUACCAUCCUGGACUUCAAGGCUGGUCGAGUGCCCAUACUGGUAGCUACGUCAGUAGCAGCUCGAGGUCUCGAUGUGAAGCAGUUGAUUUUAGUUGUCAACUUUGAUGCUCCCAAUCACUAUGAGGACUAUGUGCAUCGGUGUGGACGUACAGGUCGUGCAGGCAACAAAGGCUGGGCUUACACCUUCCUAACCCCAGACCAGCCCCGCUAUGCUGCUGAAAUUGUCCGAGCUUUGGAGAUUUCUGAAAAUCCCAUUCCACCAGACUUGCAGAAACUUUAUGAUGAAUAUAAACAAAAGUUGGAAGGAGAAGGCAAGAAGAUUAAAACUGGUGGUGGUUUCCAUGGUAAAGGUUUUAAAUUUGAUGAAUCUGAAGCUAAUUUUGCAUCAGAAAAGAAGAAAUUUGAGAAGGCUGCUCUUGGUUUGGCUGACUCUGAUGAUGAAGACAUUGAACAUGACAUUGAUCAACAGAUUGAAAGCAUGUUGAACACGAAGAGGACAGUCAAAGAAAUCAAGGGAAUGGCUAACUCCUCUAGAAGGGAAAACAAUGAAGGAGGGCUCCUGCUUCAGCAACAAGUUCUUUCAGCCUUACACCCACUAAUAUGGCCACUUCAGCUCAACCCCAUGUUGCUGUUCCCCACACCAGCAUGUGCCUACCCCGCACCAGAGGUGUCUUCAUCCUCUGAUGGUUUAGCUGGCAUGCCAUUUGGUGGUCCCUCUGCUUCUGAUAAGUUAGAAUUAGCACGCAAACUGGCACAACGCAUCAACCUUCAGCACAACAUUGGCAAGGAGGCUAAGGGUGCCAGUCAGCAGGCAGCAGAGUUUAUUCUUAAGGGUGGUGCAGCCAUGCAACCCACUAUAUCUGCCAAGACAGUAGCAGAGCAGAUGGCACAGAAAUUAAACAACAAGCUGAAUUACCAGCCACGUGAUGACCAGGAGGAGGAAGAAGAAACCACAGAGGAAACUCACCAUAAGUAUGAAGAAGAACUUGAAAUUAAUGAUUUCCCACAACAGGCCAGGUGGCGAGUUACCAGCAAAGAAGCACUGGCACAGAUUUCUGAAUAUUCAGAAGCUGGGAUUACUGUCAGAGGAACGUUUUGCCCCGCAGGCAAGAAUCCACCAGAAGGUGAACGCAAGCUGUUCUUGGCUAUUGAAUCUACAUCUGAAUUAGCAGUAUCCAAAGCCAAAGCUGAGAUCAUCCGGCUGAUACGGGAAGAACUUGUUAAGCUACGAACCAGUGCUGGACCUGCCAAGGCUCAGGGCCGGUAUAAGGUUCUUUAAAGCAAAGGGCUAGAGUAUUUAAGGCACCUAAUUUUUUCUUGGCACUGAUGGAAUGUGCAAAAUGUUUUAUAACUUAAGUAUUUUUGGCAGAUGCACCUGUGGAAGAUCUUUUCAUCUCAGGCAUCCUGUUGUACCUUGCUACUCUACAUAUCCUGGGUUGGCAGUUACUAGAAGGGAGUGUCAAUAUGAGUUUUUUUCCUUCUGAAACUAUAUUAUUAUAUUGGUGACUCUAAUUUUAGAAAUUGUUUAGUACUUAAAAAAAGGGGGGCUUCUUAUUUGUCAUUUCUCUAAAAAGUGAAUGAAAAAGGCUAUAAUUAAGUUGGCUGAAUUAGGUCUGGAGGUGUCCUGAUACUCUUUGGAUAAUUAAAAAAACAGAAUAAGGCAGAAUAAAGUAAUUAGGUGUUGAAUUUUAAGUGAAAGGGAUAAAAAUUGAGAUGUUUCCAUUAUUUAGGUGGGUAGAAUAAGGGUGAGAAUAAGUAAAAAGUCUUGUGCUAUAAAGUCAUGGGGAGAGCAGAAGCAUGCAGUGAACAAGUUCAGAGGAGUAGUAACCAUGAAAAUAAUGGUAAACAGCAGUAUGAGAUUUAGCACAGUACUACAGUGAAAGACUGAAAGACUGUUAGAGGAAAGGAAUUGGUGAGAUAAAAUGUUAAUUUUUUCAGUAAAAGACAACCUGAGCAUUUUGUAUUUAGAAGAUAAUUGAUUGUCACUGACAAGAGGAUAAUUGUUGUGAAGGUCAUGUGAAAUGGAUUGGUUAAGGAAUUAAGUUUUUGAGACAUAAAACAGUGCAUGUCUUAUCAUGCCCCCAUCAAAAAAUUAUAGAAAGAUUAAAAGUUAGGCACUCUCUGAAUUUUCUCUGAAUUUUUUACCUUUUUAAAAUUUUUAUUUUGAUAUUUGUUCUAAUCAUGUAAAUGAUAUGUUUCUAAAUAUACAGAUAUGAAAAGUC